UGCUUGAAAUGUAGAAGAAAGGCCCUUUAAAAUCUUUAAGGGAUUUUUAUACCACUGAUAUAUAGUUAAUAGCUAACUGUUUUCUAUUUUUUUUUUAUAAAAAAGUAAAUUAUUUGAUGAAGCAUUUUGUGUUCUUACUGAAAUGGUAGCUGUGGAUAAAGAGUGGCAUAUAUUUAAAGGUAACCGUGGUGGUUUAUAACCAAAUUUAUUAUGGCUACUUUUCAAGUAAUAUGCCGCAAACUUUGAAUUUAUGGUAUUUAAAAUGCCUCUAUCGCUGGAAUCAAUAGCGCCUAAACAUAUUAUUGUGUGGCUUGAAAAAAGAUAAAAGUAAAUUGAACUGGAAGUCUGCGUUUUAAAAACUUAAAAUGUUCUACACGAACGGCAGGAAUUCUGCUCUCCUCCACUGUGUGAAUCUUCUUUAUGGCGAGAACAACGGGCUCAUUAUUUGGGAGGAGAUUGAGACCGCGCGUUGUGAUUGGAUGCUGGCAGCAGGUAGAGUCGCACAGGUACAUUCAUACAUUCUCUGGCAAAUGAACAUUUCUGCGUUUUCGCUCGGUUAUCUAUUCUUACAUUUUGAUUACAUCGAAAUCUUUGUUCUCAAAUGUUAUGCGAAUUAUUGUUUGAAGAUAGGCUACGAAUAUGUAAAACGAGGCAUCGCAAAUCUGUGGCUUGUCGCGAUUAAAGUCAUCGUGUUUUCGGGGUUAAAUCGUUGUUUUCUUUUUUCCCUGAAAAUUAAGUUUUCAUAGCCUUUUUUGUUGUUUGCGCGCUUUAUCCGCUUUUGGGAUAUCCCCGAUACAUUGAACAUUCAUUUAGCCUACAAGUAAGUUUUUGGACUUAACUAUUGAUAACAAUGUUGAUUGUUUUUUGUUAUUUUUUUUUAGAGCCCAAGGGUCACUCCUAGGGCAAAUUAUUAUAGCUUAAUCUUUAAAACACGUAUUGUUCAUAGAUACUCUGCCAAGUGAACAGAAAAUGACUGAUUCGUGCUUGCAGCUGCUCCUUGUCUUGAUGGCAACAGGGCUGUCAACGUGUGUGGCACAAGUCUGCGGCAGACCUCCGCUAGGUAAACGCAUUGUGGGAGGAGUUGAAGCAUCAGCAGGUGCAUGGCCAUGGCAAGUGGACAUUCAGAUGGGAGCCAACGGUCAUGUUUGCGGUGGAUCCAUAAUUGCAAAAAAUUGGGUCCUCUCUGCUGCACACUGCUUUCCCAACCCCUCAGAAGUGUCUUCUUAUCGCCUGUACAUGGGACGCCAUCUUGUUAAUGGCUAUAACCAGUUUGAGGUGGUCAGUCAGGUGCAGCGGGUGGUUCUUCCAGAAGGAUACUCAAGUCCUCAGGAGGGCAGAGAUGUAGCCUUAGUGCAGCUGCGCUCUCCGGUCACCUGGUCAGACAGGAUUCAACCUGUGUGUCUGCCAUAUGCUGGCUUCCAUUUCAACAGUGGAACAUUAUGCUACGUUACAGGCUGGGGACACACUCAAGAGGGUGUCUCCCUCACUGGAGUUGGAGCGCUACGGGAAGUGGAAGUGCCCAUUAUCGACCAGUCUUCCUGCCAAUCAAUGUAUCAUAUUUUGUCAUCUGAUUUAGUAACAGUUGACGUCCUAUCAGACAUGAUCUGUGCUGGAUAUAUGGAGGGAGGCAAGGAUUCCUGUCAGGGGGACUCUGGAGGGCCUCUGGUUUGUCCUGUUGGCAAUGGGACGUGGAUUCAGGCAGGAGUUGUGAGUUUUGGACUUGGGUGUGCUCAGAAGAACCGACCAGGUAUCUACUCCAGAGUCUCAAGCUUUGCGAGCCUCAUCCGCACCACAGUUCCAGAAGCUCCCUUUUUUGGUCAUGCCUGGAGGAGUGAAAGUCAAACAACUCUGGUUCUAGGCCUCUCUAUUGCAUUAGUAGUCUUUUGGUGAUUGUAGAUGCAAUGUACAAGUUAUACACAGUCUUACAUUUUUAAACACCACCAGUUUUGUCUGUGGGGCAUUGAUUUGCUAUGAUUUUGAAUGCUGUUGUGGUGCAAAAAUGUAAUCAAUGCAAAGAGGUGUUGCAGAUUAAUUUUUAAUAAUGUAAUAUGCACCAUGUUUAUAUAGUUGAUAUAUACUGUUGUUAUUGUGUAUUAGAUAUAUUUUAUGCAAUUGCAGUAAUUGUCACCAAGAUCUCAAAACAUUUUAAAAUGCCAAUAUCCUACAUAGGAUAAAUUCAGUAUGAUUUUGUAUUUCUUGUUCUGAAUAUUUGUAAUAAAAAAUCAAAUUGAUUUGACUGUAUAAGGCAUAUUAUUGCACAUUACAAAUACUGCUUUCACUCAUUCAUUCUAUACCAUGUUGUAACAACUUUUAUAAUUUUAGAAUUUAUAUUAAAUUAGUAUGUCACCUGUG